AUGGCGCGGAAAGGUUGCAAGAAGACCAAGACCGGGUGUUUGACUUGCAAAAUUCGGAAGAUCAAGUGUGACGAAACCAAGCCUUCUUGCCGAUGUUGCAAUGACACUGGCCGUAAAUGCGACGGCUACACAGUCCAGGCGUCACUCGAAUCAAAGAUUCGUUCAGACCUAGGCCGGCAUGGAUCAAACUCUGCAAGUGAGCGAAGAGCACUGCAAUACUUCUAUGAAUACGCUGCGCCACGCCUUUCUGGCCCUAGGAGACCUGUCUUCUGGACGCACUUCGUCAUGCAACUCAGCGAGUCGGAGCCAAUCGUGAAGCAUUCUCUCUUGGCGAUCAGUCAUCUAUAUGAGGCUCGUGAGAUUCAAAGUACCCCAUCCAUCAGACCUAGCCUUGCAUUGCAAUAUUACAACGCAUCAAUCAAAGGUUUGAAGGCUGUAGAAGACCAGUCUUUGGUACUGGUGGUGUGCAUUCUGUUUACCUGUAUUGAGCUGCUACUGUCGAAUAACGAAACAGCAAUUCAGCAUUGCAACCACGGCCUUGCCAUUUUGGAGAACUACAACAACGACAAUCCUUGGAUUCUAGAGCAUCUCCUACCUAUAUUUCGGCGUUUAAGCGUCCUCCCCUUGCUCAUCGGAAAGCCCCUAGCGGACUCUGCCUUUGCGCCUGUCCUAAGACCUGUGGUCCCAACGAGAUUUGAGAGCAUAGAGGAUGCACAAUCCAUGCUCGACGACAUUUUCAAACAAUUGAUGCUUCUGCGACAUUGGAAGCAAAAAGGGACUCAUUUCGACGUGGUGAAGGAACGAAGCUGCAUCGAUUCUUUGCUGCAUCAAUGCAAAGAACUCAUCCAGAAUCUCGAUAUUGAUUCAACGUCACAGGCGGACUGUGCUAGCGCAGGUCCGCAAGCGCUGAUGCAAAUGCGCUUCCAACUGUGCCAGGUUUGCUUCGACAUGGUGUUUCCCGAAGACCAAGCCGACAGCAACGAAAAGAACAUACACGACUUCCGCAAGAUGAUUACACAGGCUUCUGCUUUUAACAAACUGCGGACGAUACGAGUACCGCGUUUCGUUUUCGAACUUGCCUUCUCACCUAUUCUAUCUUUCAUCGUGAUGGAGUGCAAGUGCUUGGAAUUGAGGCUAGCGGCUCUGCGUCUGAUAAGAGUACUGGGCGCAGAAAGAGAGAGUCUUUUUGAAAGUCAUAACUUGUACACACUGGGUCGACAAAGAAUCCAGACAGAACAUGGCGUGAUUUUGGAUAUCGCCGACUGUCCACAGGACUUCAUCUUGGAUUCGGACCUAUAUUCUCUAAUAUAA